AUGCAUAAUGUUUUGGAUCAGGGACUUGCACAACAGGAGAAGGAAGCUUUAGCAAACUUGCAAAGAUGGUCAGAACUUCAAGAGCGGACCCUAAAACAGAAAUCAAAAGCACACUGGAUCAAUUAUGGGGAUGAAAAUAAUAAGUAUUUUUUUGCAUGUAUGAAGGCCAUAUCCAGUUCAAACAACAUAUCUGUACUUAAAGAUGGGUCAGGGAAAACACUAUUCCAACAUAAAGAGAUAGAAAAUGAAAUUAUGAACUUCUAUAAGGGUUUACUUGGGUCUCAGGCAGAGCAACUCCCAGCUAUUGAUGUAAGGGUGAUAAGGAAUGGACCUAGACUAUCUCCAGCACAACAAAGAGACCUAUGUGCACCUGUAACACAAAUGGAGAUUAAGAGAGCAUUAUUUGAUAUUGAUGAGAAUAAAGCACCAGGAAUUGACGGGUUUAACUCUUGUUUCUUCAAGAAGGCAUAG